AUGCUGCAAAGCAAACUCGCCCGCACCGUGUCCAACAUAUCGAAUGCUUCGAGGACUAGUAAGAGCAGCAAGAAGGACAGCAAGGUCGCCAGCAAGGCCAGUAGUAUCGCCGGCAGCGUGACCGGCAGCCUACCCGGCACUCCCGACGAUGAGUAUGACAACCCUCUCGAGGGCGUCUCCCGUUGGCGUCUGACCGCCAACGCUGUCGCCCUCCGCUCGGGGGCCGCUUUUGCCUUUGGGCUGCAGAACCUUUCCGCUCCCGUCCCACCGGCUGCGAAUAGAGUCAUCUGGCUCGACUCGACCCUGUCGUCGGAAUGGGCCGGCAAGGAGAAAAUAAAAGUCGACGUCUGGCUCCCGCCCACCACCACCACCACUAGGCCCACCGGCAAGGUCCCUGCAGUCAUCAACUUUCAUGGCGGAGGUUUCGUCCUCGGCCAGGGAACCGACGAUGCGCGCUGGGCUGCCGCCGUAGCAACCGCCCUAAACGCCGUCGUCUUCUCCGUCAACUACCGCCUGGCUCCCGGCUACCCCUUCCCCACACCGGUUGAGGACUCUGCCGAUGCCAUCCUUCAGAUCGUCGCCCGUGCGCACGAGUUCCGCGUCGACACCCAACAAGUCCUGCUCUCGGGCUUCUCGGCUGGAGGCACACUAGCCCUCGCCAGCUGGAACAUUCUUCAGGACCCUGGCAGGUGGGGUUACGAUUUUAAAUUCCCCGUCCCCGAAGUCUCCGGCAUCGUUCUCUUCUACCCACUCUUGGAUUGGACCAUGACAAGGCCGCAGAAGCGGCAGACAUGUGGCAGGCCCGACAUGACCCUCCCCAAAGGUAUGACCGACCUCUUUGAUGCGUCCUACGUCUACCCUCCCAGACCGAGGUCGGAACGCGGUGACCCCCGCCUCUCACCGGGUCUCAUGACAGACGACAUGUUGGAUCGUCUGCCGCCCAUCCACCUGUGCAUGUGCGAGUUCGACAUGCUGCUUUUGGAAGGCCAGAGUUUCGCUCAAAGGGCGACAUCCCGAGGCCGCCGGGUUACCACGCGCCUUGUCAAGGCUGAAAAGCAUGCCUGGGAUAAGCCACCGCCGUUUACGCCUAAAGAGUCCGUCAUGGUUGAAUACAAUGAGGCCAUCGCGUCAAUUAAAGAAUGGCUCGAGAACCCCAGCCCCAUGGUUGGUUAG